AUGGCUUCGUCAGACACCAAUCCUGCGCCGCCCAAUGCGCAGGAUGCCCCCGUUCCAGGCGAGGUUGCGCGAACGAAGAGCACCCAGUCUAUACCACCCCCUGGCCAGACGCUGACAGGAAAACAAGAACAUUACCUCAAACGAGAACUCAUUUCCGAACAAGUCGACUGGGAGAUCUCAGAGCUCAACUCUCCCACAGCACUACGCAGAUUCGGCGCCCCUUUCAAGUCAGAAUUCGGCGAAGUCUCCCCACUCGAUUCGGAGCUUCCCAUCUUACGAUAUCUAUUCGUACAUCAUGUUCGCGAAUUCCCCUUCUUGGACAAGGCAAAGGAGAAGGAGUUUUGGCAGGACAAGUUGCAAGUGUUUCUCGAGUCUUUUGCUAGCAAGAGCAUUUCGUCCUCGGAAGAUCGUUUGGAGGAGACCAAGCGCCGAAAGCUGGCUAUAAAAUGUCGCAAGAUGGUCGAGCUUAUGAUGGUUUCGGGCAUCAGGACAGCCUCUGGAUUCGAAGAGCGCAUAAGAUUUGCCGAGUUGGAGAUUGUGGACGCUAAUGCGAUUGAUACGGGCGUGCUCAACACUCUGCCCGAGGGCAACUACGUGAACGGAUGGGAUGUGAAUGUUGCUGGUGUCAGACUUACAACCGUGAAGAAGCGGCUCCGUUCGCACAAGCAUGCGGAGUUUCUCUUGCGCGUGAAAAGGAAAGGUGAACUAGAGCAUUUUCUGGGACGACGAUAUGGCGACUUUGCGCGGUUGCACAAACAGCUGAGGAUAGAGCUCCCUGGAAAAGUUCUGCCGCCGCUACCCAAGAAGAACAAGUCCAGCACUACUGCAACUGGACUUUUCUCGCGAAAUGGUGGCGAUGGAGACGACUCGGAAGCUUCUUCUGUUAGCAGCAUGUCAACCAUGCCUCCCCCGUCCGAAUCCGGUGGUCUGAGGGAGUCUAUGAAGAACCUCACAGUCCGCGGCCACCGUCGAGAGCUAUCCACGACAUCAUCCAGAAACGCUUCUCCACGCCCAAGUAUGGAUGGCCCCAAGAGCCCCGCCCUGAACAGUCCAAAGCCCGAUACUACUCUUCUCUGGCGCGAAAGCCAACGUAUUUCUCUGCGGGCAUUUUUGAGAUAUCUUCUUCAGAACCCGCAGAUUGCUCAGACAAAGGCCAUGCAUGAGUUUUUGACCACUGAUCCCAUCACACCGACAGACAAUGAUGUCGACGACAUCAUGCGACGUAAAGCUGUUGAUGAGAAGCGCAUUGACGAGCAGAAACAAUUUUAUGAGAUUGCCAGGAAACGAGCUGCAGAACUAGACGUGUACAUGGAGCAGUUCCGGCAAGAUAUCGUGGAAAGCAAUGGUCUCACAAAGUUGUUCCAGGAAAUCAAGGAAAAGGAGACCAUUCAAGACUUGAGCGUACAAUACCAGAAGUUUGCAGAGUGGUUACGCAUCGAGGUUGCUGCAACAGUCUACCAUCUCUUCCUUGCCGAGGACAACUCACCCGAAUUGUUUGCGCAAGCGAAGAGAAUCCACUCGCUCAUCCCUUACACGGUCCUAAAGAACGUCAUUCGACUGGCAAAUCCAGCCGCAGUAAUGGCUGGAGUACUCGACCUGUUCCUGGCCCAGCCGUUCGGCUCCCGCUCCUUGAUGCAGCGCGUCUUCUCUGCUGCUCUACAUGAUGGAAUUCGUUCUUCGCAAAAGAAUAUCGAUGCAGUGGCUGCGAAAAUUGGAGAUGACGUCUUUGUGGAGAAGCUGAAGAAGUUUGUCAACUCAGAUGAGCCUAUCAAGGUGGCAAUUCGAGAGGAGGCAAUUUCGGACGACAUCGACAUCAUCGUAUCUAUCCAACGUUCAGACCUUAUUGAACCAGCUCUUGUCUCUUCGCAGGUUCAAAGACUCUACAACGCUUAUGUUGCCUUCAAUAACGCCGUCGAAAAUGUUGAUGAAGAAUUCAAGCAAGGCGCACAGCUCUUCUCGUAUCUGAAGCAACUGCUGAAGCUGCUCAUUCGGCAGCGUGACAAGCAGAUGAUGCUGCAGAUGAUUGAGGAGCCUGUCACCCUGCAACUGCUCAGAGAUCUCUUCACAAUCUUUUAUGAGCCACUUGUUCGGGUCUACAAGUCUGCCAACGUCUACAACAGCAUUACCGACUUCUCGGUCUUUAUUGAUGACAUGAUCCAGGUUGUUGAAAAAUGCCGAGAGGAAGAUGCUUCGGCAGACCCCAACCAGACAGUGCAGGCCUUUAUUGAUCUUUGCGCUCGUCACGAGCAUAACUUCUACAAAUUUGUGCAUGAAGUCCACACGCACGACAAUGGCCUCUUCACGCAACUCAUGGGCUGGAUAGAAGGCAUUCUAGAGUUCCUGCGACAAGGCCCAGCGGGCGGCCCUCUGGACAUCAAUGCAUUGUUCGAAGGUGGUGUUGGCGCUGGUGUCGUGGACAAGGACAAGGCCAUCAAUGAGAUCAACCAAUUAAUCUCCUGGCAAGAGGCUCGUAAGAAGUGGCACCAAGACAAGACGAGACAAAAGAUGGCAGCAGAGGGCAACGCCAGCAUGGAUGCACCACUCCCAGGAGUGCACGGGUUCAAGAGCAGCGACUUUGGAUUCAACGAUAUGGACUUUCAGGAUAUGGCCUAUGAUGACGAAUCAGAAGAGGAGGAAGAGGAAGAAAUCGAAGACGAUUUAGACCCCAUAGAGGCCGAGAGGCGGAGAAGGGCAAAGACGCAAGACCGGCUGCGACGUAGCGCGGGUGAACCUGUCAAGCCAGAGGUGGCUGAGGUGUAUCACUUGAAGGAGAACUUCUUGUCGAUGUUGAGGCAGGUUUUGGCAAACUAG